GUUGAAUAUUUUUUCCAUUUUCAUUAGCGAGGAACACGUGAUAAUCUUAAUCAAAGAGCUUGAAACCCUUAGGGAACCUUAUUUCCAUUCGUACACACUGACCGACAAUAAUUAUCACAGCUAUUGUGACCAUAAGUCUUACUUCUAUACCACACACUUGUGAAUAUGAGACACUUGUAGCCUUCUACUUUACAUACCAUCAAUACCUACCCCAACAUUCACCUGUAUAUAUAUUGAGUAAAGGAGUGAGACUUCCAUGACUAAUCCCAAAAUGGAAAAAAGUCAUCCCUGUACUCGGAGAAGCAAUAGAGGAGCUUGGACAGCUCUUGAAGACAAGCUGCUCAGAGAUUAUGUUAAAACUCAUGGUCCAGGGAAGUGGAGGAAUGUUUCCCAGGAGACAGGCCUUGAAAGAAGUGGAAAGAGCUGCAGAUUGAGGUGGUUGAAUUAUCUGAGACCUGAUAUCAAGAGAGGCAACAUUUCUCCUGAAGAAGAAGACCUCAUCAUUAGGCUCCACAAGCUCUUAGGCAACAGAUGGUCUUUGAUAGCUGGAAGGCUUCCUGGACGAUCAGACAAUGAAAUCAAGAACUAUUGGAACACAACCUUAGCCAAGAGGGUGGUUCAUGGCCAGAACUCCAACCAAAGCAAAGACGACAGAAAGGAAAAGGAGAAGGAGCCUUCUAACAUGGAUGAAGCACCCAUGGAAAUGAAAGGUAGUGAAGGGCCUGAUCCCGUGAAUGAUUUCAAAGAAGAUUAUUCACCAAACCCAGCAAUGGAUUUCUCGGGAAAGCUCUUUCAAUACAAUGAUACAGAUUAUGAUCAGCUGUGGAACUUCUCUGAUUUUGAUGAUGGCAGGUGGGGUUGUGGAAACAUGGGAGGUGCCAAUGGCCUGUGCCAGUGGUCUGAUUUUCCGUCUGCAAGUGCUGAAGAAGCGGAGAUUUUCUUCCAUUCCUAAAGCUGAUCAUAAGCUUCUUUUGUUGAACUUGAUCCAUAAACAUUAUGUAUCUAAUUAAGUUGAUUUAGUUGGAUUGGAACUUUUCGGAAUGAGUGGCCAGAGGUGGUUGAAUAGGGAUAUUGUGUGAUUUUGGAAAUGAUAUUAUUGUCUCAUUCCCAUAAAUGGAAUGGUUUGUCUCCUGAUUAAAGAGGCAACUGCUAAGAAUAUAUUCUCCACUUAUGGAGAUAAAAGAUUCCACGUCUUA